AGAGAUAAAGCUGAUUGCGCCUCGAUAACACGUCGCCGGAGAGAGUCGGAAGAAAACUGGUGACGUUCCCGGGAAUUUAGUUAACUUUACAGAACUCCAAAGACUGUGAUUUUUAGCCUUUUCUUUUUAACAUUAUUCAUUGAGAUUGCUGAACAAACUAAUCGUAUAAGAAAAAAAGUGCAACUUAGUAAAAUAAGUGUUAAAAGUGAAAUCCGGUUGUCCGUGAAAAGUGAAUUGAUUAAAAAUAUGAGUGUAUGGAAUUUUUUUAUUUAUUAAGUGUUAUUUUACCUAAUGAAAGUUGAAACUAUGGGAAAAGACCAACUAAUAAAGGAUGUUGAAUUUAACCAAAUAAAUCAACUGUAUGAAGAAUGUUUGACUUAUUUACAAUCAAACAUUAAACACAGUCCCAAUGACAUGAAAGAACUCAAUUUGGAUCUCGAAAAACAUAUAUCGAAUGAGGAUGCUGAUGGUGUAAUAUACGAAACUAUACAAGAUAAUAAAACACUUAAUGGGUUUAUAGAAUCGUCAAAACCCGAUUUCAUAGUUGAAAAUGAAUUAAAAAAUGAUAAAUCAGAGAGUGUUAACUCAGUAAGAUCAGAAAUUAAGUCGGAGAGGCUCAGAAAGCUCUCUCAAACUUUACCCAGGAUAAUAAUUACUCAGAGCGAUGCAAGCUUGAAUGUCAAUAAGAAUAAGAAAUUGGUUUAUGAAUUUCAGAAACCCAAAGUACCUAGUGUUGCUAAGAAACAUCAAAUAGUGCAAAACAACUUCGUCAAGAAUCCACCGCCACUUCGCAACCGUUCAACUUACGGUGACUUCCCCAAAAGAUUAGUCUCUAAAGGUGGAGGCGAGAAUGUGGCCCUCAUCUCUAAUGUCCCGUUUGAGAAGAUUCGACUAUUGAAUGAUUCAUUUCAUACUCUGAUCAAUCUUCGCUGGCGUUGGAUCGUGAUCGGCACGGUGGUCGUCCACUUCACCAUGUGGGCGGUGUUCGCCCUGUUCUGGUACAUCACGGCGCUAGCACAUUACGACUUCGAACCAGAUCCUCCUAACAGGCCAUGUAUCACGGGGGGAAAGGACUUCAUAACAAUCUUCUUGGCUUCUGUUGAAGCUCAGACAACAAUCGGUUUCGGAGAUCGUGCCAUAGAUGAAGAGUGCCCAGAAUCCAUAUUUCUGUUUAUUAUUCAGUUAAUCCUGGGUACCGGUCUAUCUGGAGUUCUAACCUGCGUCGUCUAUGCCAAACUCACACGGCCAGAGAAGCUCUCCAGAGAUGGCGUUGGCUUCAGCAAAAAAGCUGUGAUCAGCAUCCGUGACGGGCGCCUUUGCCUGAUGAUGCGAGCUUGGGAUCUCAACUACGACCACAUCAUCAGCUCAGAGUUCACUGCCCACUUUAUCAACACAUACAGAACAAAGGAAGGGGAGAUAAUCCGAUACUACGCGCGCAGUUUGACACUGAAGCACCGUCAGUUCCUGCUGUGGCCGGUGACGCUCGUGCAUGAGAUCGACGAGGACAGCCCUCUCUACCGAUACACGCCUGAUGACAUUAGAAACAUUAGUUUUGAAAUAACGGUUGGGUUGAAAGGAGCAUCCUCUUCCUUGGGCACUUUCACACAGAGCCAAACUUCUUACAUGCCCAGAGAGGUGAUUUGGGGACACCGGUUUCCUGCUGUUGUCAAGUAUAACAUUCGCAAGCAGAAAUACGCGAUAGACCAAACAAAAUUGGACACCAUCGAGCCGGUAGAGACACCGCUUUGCAGCGCUUGUGAGCUUUACAAAUUCAUGAAGUCUAAGUCGCCACCCCCCUCGCCCCGCACCCCCGGCACGCCCGGCACCCCUGGCAGCUUCAGCGACCAGCUAUCGGGAUUUCAACUCUCUCGCUCCUCCUCAUUCCGCAAAAAGAAACCUACCGAUCACAAAUCCAUGCCUAAUUUUCUAAAAGCUUGAGGAGCUUAAGUAGAUUCCAAAAAAAUGGGACAGUUUUUAUUUUCUAGCAACUAAAACCAACUCAUCUCCUAAUAGUAGUCAUGAUUCUUGAAAUACGAAGAAUACCUGACCUAUAACGAUUUCUAAAAACGUAUUUUUAACCAGUAAAACGUCCAAUCUUUACCUCACUUGUCUUGUUGUAAUAGAUAAGAAUACAUGUUUUUCUCAAAAAUGGACCGCAAAGUCGACUUUGCCGUUUAAAAAAUUGGUCGCGAAGCGCGUAGUUUAUGGUCAGUCAAAAAUUAAAAAGUUAAAAACAUUGCAGUCUCGGUUUUGGGACGGCAAUGUUGCAUACAAAUUCCAUUAUUUGUCGUGUUCCAAACUUUUUAAAAGUUGAAAUGGCCAUAUCAAAUGAAGGCACAGGCCCAUUAAACAGCCAAACAGAUGAUUGGUACUUAUUAGUACAUUAUUGUCGAGGCUCGGAAGUAGCUACUUGCAGGCUGAGGAUUCGUUUUAAACGGACGACCUUGGGAGUCCGUUUAAUUGAAUCCGAAGCCAGCAAGUAGCCUUCCAGCCGAGUCAUAUAUAGUGCUUUCUCAAAAAUGGUGCAAGAAAUAUAAAUAUCAUAGAAAUAUUUUACAAAAGCAACGUUCUUACGUAUAUAUUUUCACAGAAAAAAGUAGAAACAAUUGAAAAAAUUAGCUUUGCCGCCUUUAUAUUUUUUUUAAUAAAAAAAUAGAAGUGUAUUUUUCUGCCGAAAAUACGCCAACCUAUUUGAGACAGCUAAAUAGUCGCGGUACCAACAUUAUAAUUUUUCUCAAAAAUAGACGGCAAAGUCGACUUUGCCGUUUAAAAAAUAGGUCCGAGCCUCGACAAUAAUGUACUAUUACCUAUUGAAAUAUCAAGGUGUAUUGUUUAGUAUAUAGCACAUAUAUUGUUAAUGUCUGUUGCAUAAACAUUAACCCCCUUAUUCAUAAAACUUUACGGGCCUGAUUUAGUUAAAUUAUGUUUUCUUUCUUACAAAUGCGUAAGUCAAAAUGAAAGAUAAGGACAAACGAUUAUUAGCUAAUUGAGGUUUGUAGCGCGUUUAUGAAUAAGGGGGUAAGUUAUUAACGCAUACAACUGAUUAUUGUAUUAAAAAUACUACGUACAUUUGAAAAUAUUAUAUAUUUAGUAAAUAA